AUGCAUGCAGGCGGUGCCGUACGAGGAAGCAAAAAUGCGAUAAGCUUGUUCCUCGAUGCUCCGGCUGCCAGAAGUCCAACAUCGAAUGUGUCUUCCUGGAUCCCACGACAGGAGAAGAGCACUCACGCCAGUACGCGUUUCCCUUCCCUGAUUCUGAGUCCGCUAGAUUCGAACAUCCUGUACAGGUCCAUUGCCGACUUAGAAAGGCUCGAGAUCGAGCUUCGAACAGCUGUAGAAGAUGGCUCACGGCCGUCGGAGACAGCAGAACCGCAUACACCGAUUAAAGAGCCACCUCAGCCUUCCAAUGAAUCUUACAUCGGCGAAGGAAGCGGUAUUAAUGUCAUUGAGUCUAUAUUCUCAAACCCUCGUUUCCAGCCUCAACUUCUGAAGCAUCUGCUCGCUCGCCCGAGGAUUCAGCAACCGCAGGUCGCACCCGCAGCACUUCCAUCUGUUGAGACUGCUCGGUUCUUGUUCACGACAUACUUGCACGAAUCCCAUGUCCAAAAGCCUUUCUUCAUGGAAAGCGAGGUGGUCUCCCUUCUCGAGAGGAUCUACUCGAAUGCGGACCCACGCGAGAACACGGCAGAAGAUCUGUUCAACUUCUAUCUAAUAUGUGCAACAUCUGCUGUUCCCCUACGUCGUCGUGGUCACAUACAGGAACAUCCGUAUAGCUUCUUCCUUGCUGCCAGAUCCUACGCAGACGCGGUCAAUCUACUGUUGGGUAUACCAGCAGUACAAAGCUUACUACUGCUUGCUCGAUUUGGCGUCUACUUUCACACAGGUGCCUCGACGUGGGAAAUUGGCCGUGUCUGCAUGUCGAUUUGCGUCAGCUUGGAGUUACAUCUCAAUCCUAUUCAACCGACGUCAGCUAUAGAAGAGCAAAGGCGACGAAGAGUGUUCUGGGAAUCGUAUGUUCUUGACCGUCACACCUCCAUGAUACUUGGAAGACCUUUCGCCAUUGCCGACGAAGAUGUCGAAGUGCAUCUACCUGCGGAGCUUUCGGAUGGUGAAGUAAAUGUCAGGCUUCCAGGCACCCUGGACAUGCACCAUCAACCGUCUGAACAUCUGCCCUCACCCAUGGAUGUCUUCAUCUGCUUCGUGAAGCUGCGACAAAUCACAUCUCGAAUCCAUACCACAUUCUUCUCCAAAGCCAAGAAACCUAUAUCUGUCCCUUCGACCGCAAAGCAGCUCUGGGAGCUCGGCAAUCUUUAUGGGAAGUUUCAAGAGCUUCUUGACGAGCUGACUGAAUGGCGCAAGACAAUACCUUCGUUCUUUCAGCCAGACUCGCUGUAUCAGCGACCUCAGUGGUACGAGUUUCUCUGCGAGAAAGAGAGACUUUUCCUCGUCCGAGCUAUGAUCAACGCCGCUUCCACGAACAACAAAAGUCCACCGAAAGACCUGUGUCGGAUCUGCUGCGCAUCUGCUACUGGCGUUAUAUCUCUAUACGCUGAGAUGUACUGGGCAAGGCAAAUCAAUUGCACGCGGCACUAUUUCCAGAUACUUCUCACUGCUGGUCUAUUGCUCGCAUACUUUACUUCUGGAAGCGCCCCAAAUGCCAGGAAACAGGCCACGCCCGACAAGCAAAGUACAUUGCAAACACUCGCGACUUGCAGUAGGAUCCUGCACGGUCUGGCUGCGGAGAUGCUCUAUGCUCGACCUUAUGCUACGGUUUUCGACCUGAUAUGCGAGACCGCAUUUCCGGGCUGGAAAUCUCAGACUGAUUCCGCAACGGUCUCCACUAUUGCACGAACGCAGAUCAAUGGCCAAGAGAACUCAAUUCAACCAUCUGCUUCAGGCCUUGAGAGUACGUUUACGCUCGAGGCCUCAGACUACAACCCAUGGAUCAACUAUGGCGAUGGAUUGGAGCUGAACGACUUCUCAUAUCCCGAUUCACUACCUUCUGACUGGACCUACUCUCCUGGACAGAUGUUUGCAGAUGUGGAAGCUUACGUCAAUCAAUUUGCGACUGGUGAUUUCUCUACGGAUGCCUUGCUCGAUCCGACGUCGUGGAAUGUCCAACCCGACAUGCCCAACGGCUUUGGCUGA